GAGCCGAGCUCGUGCCCGUGCGCGCUGCGCUCUAAGAGAAGUGCGCGUUGGAGUGCACGUGGAUGAAUGUACUGUAGCGCGCGCAACAGGAGCAUGCCAUAAAAAAUAACCAACUGCGCGUUUUUCCCUCUCAGAGCUGCCACUGUUCACACUCUGUUGGCUUAACCUGACACUCAAAUGACCUCUUUCCUCCAUGCAUCAGCAAUGAAUAUGUCAACCAACGAAAGCGACCCUUUUGGUCGGAACGAGGAGGUGGCCAAGCUUGAGAUCACGGUGCUAAGCCUGACCUUCGUCGUAGCCGUCGCGGGCAACCUCAGCGUCCUGGCAGCAAUGUGCAAGACGAAGAAGAAGCCGUCGCGCAUGCACCUUUUUAUGAAGCACCUGAGCCUGGCAGACCUGGUGGUGGCCUUUUUUCAAGUGUUGCCACAGCUCUGCUGGAAGAUCACAUUCCGCUUCUACGGGCCAGACUUCCUGUGCCGAAUCGUGAAGCACCUCCAGGUGCUGGGUAUGUUCGCGUCCACGUACAUGAUGGUGAUGAUGACGGUCGACCGCUACAUCGCUAUAUGCCACCCGCUGAAGACCCUGCAGCAGCCCACACGUCGCUCCUACGUCAUGAUCGGCAGCACGUGGCUGGGCAGCCUUGCUCUCAGCAGCCCACAGUACUUUAUCUUCUCGCUCAGCGAGAUCCGCAAUGGCUCCGACGUCUACGACUGCUGGGGCCACUUCAUCGAGCCAUGGGGCAUCCGCGCCUACAUCACCUGGAUCACAGUUGGCAUCUUCCUCGUGCCUGUCAUCGUGCUGAUCAUAUGUUACAGCUUCAUAUGCUACAGCAUCUGGAGGAACAUCAGGUGCAAGACAAGGAAUAGGACGUGCAAAAACGGGCUGAUAGGGAAUAGCUCAGUGAGCAGUGUGACCACCAUAUCUAGAGCCAAACUUAGGACUGUCAAAAUGACAUUUGUCAUCGUGCUGGCGUACAUAGUGUGCUGGGCGCCGUUUUUCACCGUGCAGAUGUGGUCGGUUUGGGAUAAGAACUUCCACUGGGACGAUUCAGAGAACACAGCAGUGACUCUCUCAGCCUUGCUGGCGAGUUUGAACAGCUGCUGCAACCCCUGGAUCUAUAUGAUCUUCAGUGGUCACCUCCUUCAGGAUUUCACACUCUGCUUCCCCUGUCAUCGUAAAAUACACGGCAAUGACAAGAAAGAGGAUUCAGACAGCAGCUUACAGAAGGCCACCGUACUCAGCAAGAUCCCAAAUCGGAGCCCCGUAUGUGGUUUAAAAGACCUCGAACAUUCCUCUAAAUCUACUCAGCUGGAGACGUGAUGCUUUUAGAGACUUAUGCAGUAAAUCUCAAGCAUAGAGAAAGCACAAGAGUCGCAAUCAUCAAGCACAAGAUAUUUCUGUGCCCAUCAAAUGAGCUGGUUUAAAAUGUCUUUUGGCUCAAGUGAGCCUGUACUGCCAUUCUCAUGCCAGUACAAACACCUGAAACACAGAAAUGAAAUGACCUGAAGUUGAAAUACACAUUUCUUGCUUUUAAAUAACUAUAAAAAUGUGCAGCAGUGGAAAACUGUGAUGUAGUACUCAGUGGUCCUGGUCUUCUGAGAACUUGUUGUUUUUUUAAACAAGAUUACACACUGAGCUCCUGGGAAUUUGGUUUCACAAAUGAUCAUGUUUCAGUUGCUUAUAUUGAAAGCAUGAUUUGUAUUGUUACAUUUACCCGCUGCCCCUACAUGCCCCCCAUGAUCUUUCCAUGCAAAGAACACCACAUUUCUAUCUGCUACGAUUAAAUUUUGCUCACAUUUACUCCAGUCCUCAUAUCCCAUUUAGUCCUAAUGCAUUGUUUAUUUUUAAGUUACCCAAAUAAUUACUCUAAUGAACUUAACUCCUACAACCAAGUAUCAUAUAGAUGGUAUUCUGAGAUGCUAAUUAAUGCCAUUUUAUGACGAGAUUAUAAUUGUGGUUGUAUUAGCAAUCUCUUCAUAUAUAUUUUAGCAGUUUAACUGUGACUUUAAAAUUGUUGUUUGUACAGGUGUUAAAGCCCAUUGUUUAUGUACAGUUCGAUUUCUAAAUAGGAAUGUUUUUUGGGUUUUUUUUGUAGUCUAUAUCAGAUGUAACAGUGUAACAUUUGUAGACAUCAAGUAGAACAAUAUAAGCUUAAUACUGCUGGUUGAAGUGUUGUUGACGCAAGGUCUGUUGCGUAAGUGUUAUCUAUUGCACCACUUCCCAUGCAUUUCCAUUUGCAAAAACACAAUAAAUCAAUCUUUCCUUUAA